CUCCCAUUCAAAGGGUGUCUUUUCUUCCAAAGAGCAAGUGUUCUGUACGCCGCAAUCUCGGAUGUGUAUUUUGAGUGGCGCUCCAAUCCCAACUUAACGUUACACAUACAGUGACCACAAAAAUGGAUUCGAGUUCAUCAAUGGAUGAAUAGGUCUUAUUACUUACGCCUUUUGUACAUGUGUACAGAGGUGUGUGGAGAAAGUUCCCGCUGAGAGUGAGAAGAGUCGCCAAAGUAAGCAAUAAACCCCCGGUCCCAUUCGAAGGGUUGCGUGGCGUCUUCCAAAACAUUCAACUCAUAUUGUGCUGCAUAUACCUUGAUUGCAUAUUUUUUUAACAUACGUGGUCCACAAACAAAUGAGGAUUAUUCUGAUUGUGCGGAACUGUCAGUGUUUCAUCGUAUAUAUUUUUUAACUGGAAUGUUUAAGAGCGGUCAAUUGGGAAUAGUUUUCAUCGGACUUUAAGAAGGAAAAAUAACAAUUGGAGCAAUGGAAUAAACAGAUCUAUGAACAGACAUUGUCAUCGUUGGAUUUUCGGUCAAGUCGACAUGGAUUAUUUUGACGUAUACAUCCAGAUCAUCUCAGUAAACGGUCCGUUAUUAUGAUGAAUGCACUUAGUGGACAUUUAAAAGCUGAGGGCUGCUUUCUUUCCACUCUGAUGGUGAUUUUAUUUGAGAGUGUUUCAUUUUAUCGUGGACAAGAUAAACGAACGAUGUAAGUUCACUUUUAUAUUAUUAAUGAAGUUGUAACCAAGUAUGGACGCAUCGCCAAUUCCUUUGAUAUAUUUGACAUCAAUAUAAUGGUAUUAUGUGAGACACACGAACAGUGACAUUUACGUGAAUUCAUAACUAAUGGAGACUCCUGUGACUUUAAUUCUUGUGACUAAAAAUUUGAUAUAACUUUGACACAAUCUUUUAUCAUUGGACUGGGAAAUCACUCGAGGUUGUUCAUCAUGCCUCGCAUAACCAAACCAGCGUUCCUGAAGAGCUUGUGGCGGCGUUACCCUGGUACUAUCCUAUACCAUGUUGGUCUUCUUAUCUUCAUCGUUGCCGCUUUCUCAAAGUUUGGAGGAUUUUCCUUCAUCACUGGCGCAGGGAAGCAUAACGAGAAGAGAGACUUGGAGUUCAAGAAGUACGAAUUAGACGUCGACCCGUCCAUGCCGUUGGGCAGGGUUGUUGAUGACGAGCUGGCUGAAUGGAUCGAGCAGCUGCUAGUGCAGAAGUCGACUGGUAUAGGAGAUGAACCAGUGGGUGAGAAGAGAAGAAGAGUUGGUGCAGGAAAGGAAGUGGAGGAGAUCAACGGGGAUGUUCCCAAGAAUGCCAUGGAUUCUAUUGAGGUGUUAGGAGAAGGUGGCACUCCAUGGGAUCGACCACCGAUCAAGUUGGUCCUCAGGGACCCACACCUUGACAUGCCGGAGCUCAUCCCGGUCCAAAGGAAAUCAAAGAACAAGAUGCCCCGUCUUAAAGACCAACUACCAGGGCAGUUUCCUACUGUAAAGGAUGUGAAGAAAGAUCUUGUAGGAAAUGAAUCUAAGACAGUCAAACAUUCGGAAGGUCAACCCGAUCCGGAUCACCAUCCGGGUCAGGAAGUCAUCACUUCCGCCUUUACUCCACUUCCAUCUCAAGGUGAGGCAGUGAGAGUGAAUGUCCUCAUUGUUGCCGCAAUGAGAACGGGAUCAUCCUUUCUUGGGGAGCUGUUCCAGCAGCGGAGUGACUUCUUCUACAUGUUUGAGCCAGGGAUGCAGCUGAUGCACCGGCUCGAUUCGUCAAAUCUCACCAGGCGGGUGAUCUACACAAAACUUGUCGAUAUGCUGAAUGGCUUCUACCAUUGCAAAUUCAACGAUAUUCCAUUCUUCAUCGACGAAUUGAAUCAUCGAACGUUGCACGGUCGUCAGCAAUCCGUCGCCGCCCUUGUCACGUCGCAGUUUUGUCGGAAGGUGCGUAUACCAACUCAGAGAUCAAGCAAGUUGAUGUGUGAUCCUGUCACCGAGAAGGUCUUGGAGACAGCGUGUACCACAAGGGGCCACACCGCUAUCAAAUCUAUCAGGGUACUGGAUAUAAACCUGAUGAUAUCCGCAGUCAAAGACCCUGACCUGAACCUGAAGCUGAUACACUUGAUCCGCGAUCCUCGGAGUAUGAUACUGUCACGAUUGAAACUCAAAUUUCCUGCCAUUAAAGUUUUCAACGUGUCUGACCUCACAGAUACCUAUCGCAACAUCCUCCUGAAGUAUUGCUCCAACUGGCUCCAGAACUAUGAGAUAGGGCACUAUGUGCCUUUGAUGAGGAAGAACUACUUGAUGGUGCGCUAUGAGGAUCUGGCCUUAGAACCUUACGUAUACGCGCAGAAGAUCUACGACUUUGCGGGUCUUGGUGCAGAAAUUCCUCCAAAAAUGAAAAGAUGGAUCGACAUAAAUACAAAUGCAAACGACCCGAGCAAAAAGAGGGCUGCCGCCUUCUCGACCAAGAGGGAUUCGAAAGAAGUCUUGGUCAGUUGGAAGUCGAGACUCACCAUAGAGAUGGCCCAGGCCAUUGAAGAAGUUGGUGACUGCAGCCGACUUAUGAAAGCAACUGGAUAUAAACUCAUUGGGAAUGAUUCCGAGAUGCUUAAAAACACUGACCAUCUGGUUGGCCAAGUUCCUAUACCAGCAUUUAAUGUUAAUGAGUUUGAUUUUAUGUAAUAUAUAAAUAAUAUUUGAAUGCGUUAUUCAAUCAGCCGUCCAUGAAAUCUUUCCCGAAACCGUAAGAAACGGAAGUUAUUUGGCAAUACCGUUUAAUGUAACUGCGGUGAGUGUGAACAUAAUUUAUUCAACAUAUUCUGAAUUGUAAAUAUAAAAUUUUGAUGAAAUGACGGUUUCUAGAAACGUUAAACUAGUCUCCAGGUUUGUCAUUAUUUACAAAAGGUUUACCCUUAAAGAAUUCAAACAGCAGAAAUGAUUGGAACGAAUUUGAUAUUUACUUGAAACUGAGUUUGCAACCAUUUUCUUGUUUCGCGACAUUUUUUUUUAUCCAUCAAGUCAUCAUUAUAAUGGUACCGUGAGGGAGUUUUCGCUUUCAUGACGCAAGACGCAUUCAAGAACAUAGAAAAUGUAUGGUCAAUGCCCUUCAUGACAAAGCACAACCAAGAAGUCUUUGUCGAAAAUUCGUGAAUCGGUGAAACAGC